GGCUGUGAUUGGACUUUCAUUUUGUGAAAAGUGCAAAAUUAUCGAGCUUUUGUUUUACACCCCGCGCUGUAGUACACGAAAAUUUUUUUAAAAAUGUGUGAUUUCGUUCGCUUUAAUGUGUUUAAUUCGAUGUAAAGCCGACGAUAGUAGUUUAAUAUAUGUUUUUUUCAAAGUCUAAAUUAUGGCUAGUGAUCAACAAUUUUGUUUACGGUGGAACAAUCACCAAAAUACAUUGGUGUCUAUAUUCGACAGCUUGCUAGAAAGUGGAACGCUUGUUGAUUGUACAUUAGCAGCCGAAGGAAGAUUUUUGCAAGCUCACAAAGUAGUAUUAUCGGCAUGCAGUCCUUAUUUCGCUAUGCUAUUACGAGAGCACUACGACAAGUUCCCGAUAUUAAUAUUGAAAGACAUAAAGUACCAAGAGCUUCAAGCAAUGAUGAACUACAUGUACCGAGGCGAGGUGAAUAUUACGCAAGAAACGCUAGGAUCGUUUUUAAAAGCAGCCGAAUCGUUACAAAUCAGAGGCUUAACGGAUAAUAGUCACUGCGUCGAAAAUAAUAACGGUAUUAUACGCGACAAUAACUCAUUACACGGGACAGGCUCGCUGUAUUCGUCGUCGCAUUCGAAUAAAAAGCUCUCGUCAGAAUCGCGCAAAUUACACGGCGGCGGAUCUGGUGGCGGCGGAGGCGGCGGCGGCGGUGGCAAUGGUGGUUUGGCGGCGUCUGCAGGCGCGACCCCUCUAAUCAGUCAACAACGAUCGAGAUCUCCUCCGAGCUUUGUAACGCAAACGCAGUCUUCGAAAAAGUACCUUAAAUCGUCACCGGCCGUCGUGGAAAACCAUCAUCACGCGGCUGCCGCGGCGGCGGCGGCCGCUGCUGCAGCUGCGGCGGCAGUGGCGGCAGCGUCGGCUUCGGUCAACGUCAACCACACCAGUAAUUCCAAGUCAUCGUCGUCGUCGGAUUGUUUAGAAAAUAAUGUGACUAGUAUAAAACGCCGAAAGUUACUGCCUCCUAUUAAAAGCGAAGGCUUAGUCGUGACGCCGAUUAAUCCUUCGUCGACGACGUCUACUUACAAUAAUAUAGAUGCGAGUAAUGUAUGCGAAGUUCCGAGUCAAGCGCAGUCCAUACCGGCUAUCGAGGGUAAAGCUAACGUGCCUUCGCCUUCGAUACCACCGAAAAUCGAGUCUCCUCAUAUGGAUAUUACUCCAGUGAUAAGCAACAAAGUACCUCCUAUCACCAAUAGCACCCCUAACUCCGGCGCCGCCCUGCCUGACGGAAUGAUGAAGAGCAACAAAUCUACUAUCAACGACCACCUGGUCAAAGUGAAAAGCGAACAGUUCGAAGAUUCGUAUAACGAAGACACCAACGACGAUAGUUACACGACCGAAGAUAACGACAACGACCGCGACGAAAAUUCUCAUUUGUCUAUGGCCGGCCUACCCUUUCACAAUAACCAGUCUGCAACAAAUUUUGAUAGCUCUGGCGAUCGCUCCUUACUAGGUCCAGAUGGCAACAACAGUCUGCAAGAUUCUCCAGCUCGUAUUACGAUCACCAAAGAGCAGUCGAGAAGAUUACAGAAGCUGUUACGCGAGAAACCCGCCGGCAGGUGUAAAUAUACCGAUGAAGAAAUCCGCCGAAAUGCCUCCCGUUUUAAGAUCCCAGCGCCGAAGAUACGUCAUUUCCUGAGACUUCAUAAUGCUCUGGCCGAAGGCAGCAGCGCUGGUACCGGCGCCGUUCGACGAGUAUCGCACGACGUGAUCGAUAAUAUCGAAAAAGCACGUUCUGGUGGUACCCGGAACCUGCUGUCGACGUUAUCGUUCGAUAAGAAAGUCCAGUUACUGCGGAUGACCGCUUCGGUGACCAAGCCAACUAGUCUAAUGGGUCGAGAAUUAUCGCGCGAAUUGAAUAUACAGGAAAGUAGAGUGUUCAAUUGGCUGAGGGGUAAAGCGCAUCGUAACCAGACGUUGAAGAAAUCGCUAUCCGUCGACGAAGCCGCUUUGCUGGAUGAAAAACUAGCGGAUUUCGAUUAUUUGGACGACGAUAGCGCGCUCGUGUUGGCCGAUCGGUUCAACGUCAGCUGUGCUGUGAUCAAGAAAGCGUUCCUGAAACGAAAACCGAACUCGGUUGCGUUGAGUAGACCGGUGGUCGAGUUGAAAAAGUACCAGAUACCGGAUUCGGUGACGGUUACGGCCGUACCGUCGACGACUACGACACCCGUACCGACACAGAGACGUACUAAAGCUGCGGUUAUAGCGGAGAUUACCGAAGCGAAACACCACAAGAAGACGCAGCAACAGAAAAACAUCUUGUUCGAAGCUUUCCGCGAGUCUCCGGCUAUGAUAAAGAUGAACUCGGCCAAAAUGAUGCAGUUAGAGAAAGCGACCGGAUUGAGUAAAGUUCAGCUGGCUAAAUGGUUGAGCAUAUUUCGUGAGAAAUGGUCGAACAGUAACGAAUCCGGUUUGAAGAAACUGCUCACUUCGGGAUUCACUGCGGACCAAGUGCUAGCUUACGAGAAAACGUACAAAGAAACCAGAUUCUUGAAUUUAGCUCAGAUGAUCGAAUUAUCUCAGAGUACCGGAGUACUUCGCAGCGCGAUCAAUGCUUGGUUCACUCAUCGUCGCUUGUACGAGGUCCAUUCUCGGGGUAAAGAUUUGGUGAAAAUCGAACAACAACACAACAAAACGUCUACUGCGAAGAACGAGUCGAACGAAAUGCGUAUGCUGAAACCAUCGAUAUCGAUACCUCAAUCGAGUAUUCCUGCCCUGCAACCUGAAGACCAACCUCAGAUGACCGAAAUGCUCGACAAUGCGGAGGCGAACGAAUUCUUCGAUUCGCUCGACAAAGAUCAGAAAGCUUAUUUGUUAGCCUGUACGAAGAAUUUCAGCAGUUCGUAUAAAAAAAUAUCCAAAGCUCUCAAUUUACCCGAAUCCAAAGUGGCACUUUUCAUCAGAAGUUAUCGCCUCAGUCACGCCCUCAUCAGACAGCAACGUUCGUCGUUACCGGAACGUGUGCAGAAAGCUUUGCUGAAUCAUUACCUGAAAUACGGUAAGCUUUCUACGAAGACCAGCGUAAUGUUGUCCAAACGUUUGAAAGUACACCCUAAUAAGAUCUUGAAUUGGAAUAAACAGCACAUGAAUCGUCUGCAAAAAAUAGGCCUACUGGGCAAAAAGCAAUCUGAUGUCGAGCCGUCGCAAUCUGAUGCUGAAGUCGCCGAAUACGACGAUGAUACCGCCACCGAACCGGUAGUAAUGGCUACUACUUCGAAAACCGAAUCACCAUCGCCACCUCCGGCUCGUCAACACGCGCGUUAUCAUUUCACCACAGCCGAUAACAAAACCAUGCUGUUCAACGAAUUCAAGAAAUCUCCUCAAGGUGCUGCGAAUAAAAGUAAACAACUCGCCCAAGCUACUAAACUGACAGCGAUGCAGGUUCGCAAAUGGUUGUAUAAUUUCGGUAAAAAGAUCAGCGAGCAGAAGAAAUCCAAAGUCGAAGCUAACUUAAAUAACGCCGCGAUUAGCGCCGAAGCUCGAGCUAGACUCGUGAACGAAUUCAAAACUCGUAAGUUUUUGGAAGAAUACGAAGUGGAUUCGUUAGCUGCGGAGUUCGGAUUGCUACGAAAACACGUAACUAAUUGGUUCGUGAACGCUCGUUAUUACGAAAUUCUCACCGGUCAGUGUCCUGGUAGCGUUUCAUCGGCUCCUAAACGACCAGCUGCAUCGAAACCAGCUCAGGUCGCUGCUAAACCACCUCCGGUCGUUAAAUUCGUCUACGAAGAACUAGAUCCCGAAACGCAGGCUCGUCUGAGCAACGAACUGGAAUCGUAUCCGUUCGAAGAUAAAAAACUAACCAAUCUAGCCGACGAAUUACAAAUACCUUCGGUCGAGUUGAAGAAAUGGUUCGAAAGCGCCAGUCGUUGCACUAGAAGCCGAAGACGUAGUUCGGUUGCGACUACGAACGUUCCCAGUACCAAUAACACCACCACCGCCGAAGAAGACUGGUUCAACUUGACGACCAAACAAAUGCAAACUCUACUCAGUGAAUUCGAAGCAGAUCCGAAUCUAACCGAAGAACGCACCGUAAACAUGGCCAAACGAAUUAAACUCACCAAAGAACGUAUCCGAGCAUGGUUCGAACAUCGCAGACUCGAGUUACGUCUCGAACCGACUCCCGAAACCGUACAAACCGUACCACCGAUCAAAAUAAUCAUGCCUAAAUGGUCGUCUUCGGGUCAAGAAAUGCCAUCUGUUGCUCCUCAGCAAGCUCAGGAGUCUCAGUCUGCCACUGGUUCGAAAAAAGCAUCGAAAUCGUCGAAAAAAAGCUACGAAUUCAAAGUACCCAAUCAGCUGAACAUGCUGUUCGAAGAGUUCAAACAGAGUCCGCAGUUGACCAACGACAGAUUAAUCGAGAUCAGCGACCGUACCAACUUAUCGUCUAAACAAAUCACCAACUGGUUUAACUGGUUGAAUCAACGAUUAUCGGCGCUACCUCGAGAAAACCUACUAGAAGAGAAUCGCAACAAGUACUUAUCGUUGCAACAAAUCGAAAUCCUAGAACAAUACUACGUUCAGUGUCGAUACAUGAACCGGCCAUCUCGCGAAGCUCUAUCAGUCGAAUUAGGUGUACCGAAAGCUGUCAUCAAAUCGUGGUUCGAGAGCAGACGUAAUUACGAACUGCUGUGCGAAAACGACGAACAACCUGCUUACUUUACCGAAGAAUAUCGAGGAGGAAUCGAAUCGGUGUUGGAUUACGAUUACGACGACGAAGACGAGUCAACAGCUGUAGUAGACGAUUCGGUGGUGAAUUUCGAGCCUCAAUUCGAUCCCUUAAUGGAUUCCAAUUACCCAGCAGCCACUAACAACGAUGUAACGAUGGAAGAACAUUCGUAUAGUUUCCAACUCGAACCCAACAGCCAGUUCCUCGAAGAUUUGACCAGUUUACCGUACGAACCUCGUCAACGGUUUAUUACACCGUUAGAUAAGGAUUUAGAACCGAUCGAGGAAGAUAUCGAGAAGAUAUUCUGGAUACUGAACAAAUCGCCUACGACGAAUAAAACCAAGUGUAAUCAGGAUAUCGACGAAGCCAAGAACCGUAUCCUGGAAAACGAAUUCAGCAAGAACCCGUGGAUCGAGUUGGGGCGAAUUUCUCAACUAUCCGAACAACUACUCGUCUCCGAAGCGAAACUACACUGGUGGUUUAUGAAGAAACGCUGCUUCUUGACCAAAACCAUUCUCACGAUACCGCCUCCUCAGCCUAAAUCGAAACCGAAAAACGUUACGAUCGAUUUGACCGAUGACGACCAACCGGCCUCGUGCGGUCAGUUUGAAUUCGUCACUGCUGAAGAAGUUGCCCGAAUCAAAGAAGAAGUACCAAUCGAACACGAACCGUUGGCAGCUAUCGAAUCAGAUACGUUAGAGAACGGCGACGACCCUUUCGAAAACAACGCCCUCGACGACGAAUCCCUCAACAGCGAAGAGUUCUCAUUACAGAUACCCGUAGAGUCGACGAACGAUUCGAAUUCACAGUCUACCACCGCAGCAGCGUCGUCGUCGUCGCCGCCGCCAAAGAAAAAGAAAAAACGAUUACCGUUAACGUCUCAUCAACGAGCUGUCCUAAGAAAAGAAUUAAAAGCCAAUAAGGAUAUAUCGAUUGUUCAAGUUCGCCUGCUAGCUCAAGAUCUUGGUCUGACCGUGCCUCGAAUUCAAGCCUGGUUCGAAACGAUGAGAAAAUCAUCGUCGGCGCCAAAGAAACCUAAAGUGGGAGUGACCGUUUCGGUGAAAAACCUCGAUCCCGAAUUGGAAUCUGCUCUAGAAGCCGAGUACUCGAAAAGCGCCAAUUUCAGCGAUAAAAGGGCUAAAAUGAUCGCUCUCAGGUUGAAAACGAACAAGAAACUGGUCAAGAAAUGGUUCGUCGAAAGAGCCAAGAAAAACGAUAGUCAAACGAAGCCAAUGAUAAUGAACGAUGGCGAACCUAAAUCGACUGAAAUAGAAGACGAUUCGACGGCGAUUGAAAAAGAAGACGAGUUGGCGAUUGUAAAAGAAAACGAUUCGUUAGCGACUGAAAAAGAAAACGAAACGGAAGCGACAGAAAGAGACGAAUCGAUGGAAACUGAAAAAAACGACGAAUCGAUGGAGACAGCGAAUAGUGAUCUAUCGACGACGGAGACGGAAAAGAACGAUGAAGAGUCGAUGACAACUCAAAAUGAGACAGAAUCGAUGGAGACUGAGAACAGUGAAGAGUCGACGACCACUACCGAUGCCCAGUAGAUUUGCAUUUUUAAAAUUUUUUUUAUUUUUUCGAACGUUGUUUCGACUCUUAAUACUAGUUUUAUCACACAUAUUACGUUUAUUUUUGUGUUUUUUUUUAGAUUUAGUGGGAUGUAUGUUUCAUUACACCAGUUUUUAUUACCUAUUAUUAAGAAUUAAUUACUUUGAGAUUUGAUUAUUAUAAUAUACCUAUAUAUUUUUAACGAGUAGAAGUACAACGACGUUUUAUUAUAUUAUUAUCACUGUUUCGUGAAUGUGUUUUGAAUUAUUAUUAUUUUUUUUUUACCGAGGUAUGUGAAGUAGAUAUUAGUUUUCGGAUUUCAACCGACAAAUUGUUUUUCAUUUGAUUGUUUUUUUAAAUAUUGAAUAAACGAAGACUUGUUUCUUUUUUA